AUGGCUGGUGGUCCUAUUAGAAAUUACAAAUACAAAUCAGGAGCUCAAAAAAGAAAGGAGAAAUUAAGGAAAGAAGUCUUGCAAAAAAGUCAGGUUGGUUCUCUUAAUAAGUAUUUUAAUACAAAUAAUGUAGACAAUUUUGUCGUGAAUGACAUUGAGAAUCAAUUUGAUAUUGAAAGUAAUGAGAAUGAGAAAACUUCAAGUACUGUGAAUGAAAAUGAAGAAUUGAAUCAAACUGUUAAUGAGAAUGAGAAAAGUUCAAGUGAUGUGAAUGAAAAUGAAGAACUGAAUCAAACAGUGAAUGAGAAUGAGAAAACUUCAAGUGGUGUAUUCAACUUUCCUUUUGAUAUUGAUGAUCCAGGAAAUUGGGAUAGGAUUGGUCAUAUUAAUAUGACAAAUUUUAUAGUUGAAAGAGGUCCAAAAAGAGUCAUUAAGGAUGAGUUUACUAGGGAUGCUUUCGGUAGGAAUUUUUCUUCGUGGCAUUAUAUUAGAGAAUUACCAAAUGGAGAGAAACAAGAUAGGAAGUGGUUGAUUUAUUCAGUUUCUUUAGAUAAAGUAUUUUGUUUUUGUUGUAAAUUGUUUGCAACAAAGAAGCAUCUUGUGGGUUUUUUAGCUGAGGGAGGUUUUAAUGACUGGCAUAAUAUUUCUGAUCGAUUAAAAAGUCAUGAACGAAGUACACAACAUAUUGAGUCAAUUGCUAGUUGGGUGGAAUUAGAAAAACGACUGAAAAUGAAGUUAACAAUUGAUGCAAGUUUAGAAGAACAAAUUAAUCAAGAGAAAAAACAUUGGAAACAAGUGUUAGAGAGAAUUCUGGCUAUUGUAAAAAGAUUUGGGCAAAAUAAUUUGGCAUUUCGAGGAGAUCGUGAAAAACUAUAUGAGAAAAACAACGGGAAUUUCUUACAAAUUAUAGAAUUACUUGCUGAAUUUGAUUCAACUAUGCAAGAACAUGUUCGUCGUAUUUUAAGAGGUGAGACUCAUUAUCAUUAUUUGAGUCACAAGAUUCAAAAUAAAAUGAUACAACUUCUGGCAACUGAGGUGAAAAGCUCGAUAAUUAGUAGAAUUAAAGAAGCAAAAUAUUUUUCAGUCAUACUAGAUUGUACUCCAGAUGCAAGUAAUGAUGAACAUAUGUCUCUUGUUUUAAGAUGUGUGAAUGUUUCAGAAAGUCCAAUAUUUGUUGAUGAGUAUUUUCUAGGAUUCAUAAAAGUUCAUGACACAUCAGGGCUUGGUUUGCUUAAUGAACUUUUAGAUGCGUUGAAUAUUCUUGGACUUGAUGUUGAUAAUAUAAGAGGACAAGGAUAUGACAAUGGAUCUAAUAUGAGAGGAAAGAAUAAAGGUGUACAAACUAGGCUACUUGAAAUGAAUCCUAGAGCAUUUUACACUCCUUGUGCCUCUUCUACAAAAAGAUGGAAAGUAUUUACAGAUCAUGUACCUGGUCUCACUGUUAAGCCAUUAUCGGAAACGCGUUGGGAAAGUCGUGUUGACAGUGUUAAAGCAAUAAGAUUCCAAGCUCCACAAAUAAAAGAAGCUUUAGAUUACUUGGCAGAGAGUAAUGAAGAUGCCAAAACAAGAAGUGAUGCUGAGACUUUAGCAACAUAUAAUAUUCAUAAUUUUGAGUUCUUGGUGAGCAUGGUUAUUUGGUAUGAUUUGUUGUUUGCUGUUAAUAUUGCUAGCAAGAUCCUACAAAAUGAAGAUAUGCAAAUUGAUGUUGCUAUCAAAGAGUUAAAGAUUCUACUUUCAUUUCUUCAAAAGUAUAGAGAAACUGGUUUUGAGAAUGCUUUGACUAAAGCUACUGAGAUUGCAAGUAUGAUGGAAGUUGAACCUGUGUUUAUUGAAAAACGAAAAGUUUACAGGAAAAAGCAAUUUGAUGAAAGUGUCAAUGAGGGGGUGACACAAUCAGCAGCAGAGUCAUUUAAAAUUGACUAUUUUCUUUGCAUAAUCGAUCAAGCUAUUUCCUCAUUUAAAACCAGGUUCGAACAAUUUCAGAAUUUUGAGGAGAAUUUUGGACUAUUGUUUGAUUUUGAGAAAUUAAAGUCUGCAGAUGAUGACACUUUGAGGAAUUUUUGUAUCAAUCUUACAAACUUAAUGAAGCAUGGUGAGAUUUCAGACCUUGACAAUGAUGACCUAUACCAAGAGUUAUAUAUGUUGCGUCAAAGUCUACCAAAAGAAACCAAAAGAGCUAUCGAUGUGUUGAGCUAUAUAAAAGAAGUGGAUGGUAGUUAUCCAAAUGCUUGGAUUGCUUAUAGGAUUUUUCUAACUAUUCCGGUCACCGUUGCCCAUGCAGAACGGAGUUUUUCCAAAUUGACCUUGAUCAAAUCUUAUCUCCGUUCAACCAUGUCUCAAGAAAGAUUAAUCGGUUUAGCUAUGUUAUCCAUUGAAAAUGAUUUAGUUGCAAAACUUGAUUAUGCAAAUUUAAUUAAUACUUUUGCAUCUAAAAAUGCAAGACGCAUAAUAUUUAAGUAA